AUGCGACUCUUCUUAAUCCCGAUCUCGACGAAACGAGUUCUCAUAUAUGCUCGACCCCUCCGAAGGGAUCUCUCUAAUGAGCUCUCAUACCUCGAUCGAAUUACGACCAAAGCAGCCGAGACAUGGGCCAAAUGGGAGGAGGCUGAUAAGGGUUGGAAGAUGCACUUAGUGCGCUGGGGCAAUCGAGUCCAGCAACGGAUACCAUACGAGGAAUGGGGAUUGAAGAGCAUUCCCUCACUCGAGGCACAGAAGCGCAUCAAUAAAGACCACGGAACGAACAAGAUCGACGUGCUGUUCCCUGGAAAUGCCAUGCGACUGGAACGAAUCUCCCCUGUGCUGCGCCAGAUCGCCACGGAGAGGCAGGAGCUUCACAAAAAGCGAAUGAUGUGGAGUUUUAUUGCUGCACCAUUCACAGCACCACUUGGGCUGAUUCCAGUAGUGCCGAACAUCCCCUUUUUCUACCUGGCAUACCGAGGCUGGUCCCAUUGGCGCGCGCUGAACGGCUCUAAGCAUCUGGAAUUUAUUGUUGAGAAGAAUCUCCUAAACCCCAUCUCGCUGCCGGAGCUAGAAGACCUCUACGCGAAGCGCGCCUCCCGAGUACUCGAGAACACCACCAAGGAUACCCCAUAUUCAGAAGUUGCGGAAGACAUAGAGCAAAGUGACGACCAGGUCUUGCUCAAGAUGUCCGAUGCCAAGAAAUUGGCUAAGAUCCUAGAGGCGCCAGACCUCGCUCUGGAGGCCGAACGGGCCAUCAUCCAAGUCAGCGAGCAGCUUGAGGCUGCUAAGAAUGCUAAGAAGACAGAGACAACAGAUGAGACCCACGAGGACAAGAAGAAGUCAUGA